GGCUGCAGGCCGAGACAGGUUAGAAGCAAUCGUAAAUGCCCCGCCUCCUUGGUGGUGACGACAUCAGAAGGCGUCCUGAGGCGUCAGAGAUGCUGGACUCCUUGUUGGCCAUCGGUGGUUUGGUGCUUCUUCGAGAUUCGGUGGAGUGGGAGGGGCGUAGUCUCCUGAAGGCGCUUAUCAAGAAAUCUGCACUUCGUGGGGAGCAAGUCUACGUUCUGGGCUGUGAAGUGAGUGAAGAAGAGUUUCGCGAAGGUUUUGCUUCUGAUGUCAACAGCCGCCUGGUUUACUAUGACCUCUUCAGAGACCCUCUUAACUGGUCAAAACCUGGGGAAGCUGUCCCUGAAGGACCUCUAAAAGCCUUGAUAUCCAUGUGCAAAAGGACAGAUGGUGGCUCAGUCACCAUUGCCCUUGACUCUCUCAGCUGGCUGCUGUGGCACAUUCCCUGUGUUACACUCUGUCAAGCCCUACAUCCUCUGAGCCAGCGAAGUGUAGACCCAGGUAAUAACUCCCCAAUAGAGCAGGUACGUGUCCUGGGCCUCCUACAUGAAGAGCUUCAUGGUCCUGGCCCCAUGGGAGCAUUGAGCACCCUUGCUCACACAGAGGUGACUCUGAGUGGUAAAAUGGACCAGACUUCAGCCUCCAUUUUCUGUCGAAGGCCCCAACAACGUGCAACUUACCAGACUUGGUGGUUCUCCAUUCUUCCUGACUUCAGUCUGGAUCUCCAUGAAGGGCUUCCCCGCUAUUCUGAGCUACACCCAGAUCCUCAUACAACCCAGGUGGAUCCCACGGCUCAUUUGACCUUUAACCUUCACUUAUCCAAGAAAGAAAGAGAAGCCAGAGACAGCCUCACUCUGCCUUUCCAGUUCAGCUCUGAAAAACAGCAAGCUCUGCUGCAUCCAGGCCCAGGACAGACCUCCGGCCGCAUCUUCUAUGAGCUAGAUGCUUUUGAUGAUGUGGACCAAGAAGAUCCAGAUGAUGACCUAGAUAUUUGACAGACAAAUGGGAGAGGAAGGCUGUGGGCUCCGAACCAUCCUGCUGUUAGCAGACUCUACCUUGUCCCUAGCCUGCCUUUGUUGCUUUGUCUGUAGAGGCUGUGUCAUGUGAGCCAAGGAGCAGCAUCAAGCUGAGGCAAAAAGUGUGGUGAGGGCGUAGUAUAUGCCCAGAGAAUAAGAAAUACCCUCUUCCCAUGCCCAUUUCUAAUAAAAUAUGUGUGUGUGUGUGUAUAUUAA